GAUUAAUGAGAUUCAUGGAGGAACGGGACUUUGGCCCCUCUUCAGUGCCAGAGGCUCCUUCUCCAGCGGCAGCUCGCGCGCGGCUCUCUCUGUGGAAACAUGAAGCUCGAUUUUGCCCCGUUGCAUGUGCCCCGGCACCGCAGACUGCAGACCGCUGUGGUGCUCAUUUGGGUCUUCUCCUUUCUGGCUUUAGCACCUCUCUGCAUCUUCCUCUUCUUCUUCCUCCUCUUCACCCAGUAUUGGUUGGUCAGUGUGCUGUAUGCCAUCUGGUGGUUCAUCGACUAUGACACUCCGUGGCGUGGGGGCCGCAGGGUGCAUUUCCUGUGUGGUCUCAAACUAUGGGACCACAUGCGCGAUUAUUUUCCCGUCAAGCUGGUGAAAACAGCUGAGCUCGACCCCAAACACAACUACGUGAUGGGCUUUCACCCCCAUGGAGUCCUGGUGGCUGGAGCCUUCUCCAAUUUCUGUGUGUAUGCCACGGGCUUCAGGCAAAUGUUCCCAGGCCUCACCAGUUACAUGCUGAUGCUGCCGCUGUGGUUCAGAGCCCCGUUCUUCAGAGACUACAUCAUGUGUGCAGGCCUGAUUCCAUCAGACAAAGAGGGUGCCAGCUACCCCCUCCAGCUGCACCCCGGUGGGACGGCUGUAGUAAUAGCUGUUGGUGGGGCCCCAGAGGCUCUGGAUGCUCAUCCUGGGACUUUCAAUGUUCUUCUAGCCAAAAAGAAAGGCUUCAUCAAAAUGGCCAUGGAGCAGGGUGCUCAUCUGGUGCCUAUUUUCUCCUUUGGGGAGAAUGAGGUGUUUGAUCAAGUGGACAACUCAAGAGGAACAUGGCUUCGCUGGACACAGGAAAAGCUGCAAGGCAUUAUGGGUAUUUCCUUGCCUCUUUUCCACGCACGUGGUAUUUUCCAGUACUCCUUUGGCCUCAUGCCUUACAGAAAGCCCAUCCACACAGUUGUUGGGCGACCUAUUCGCGUGGAGAAGAACCCCAAGCCAACAUCAGAGGAACUCAAUGCCCUCCAUCAACUUUACAUGGAUGAACUCAGCAAUCUCUUUGAGAAACACAAAACCAACUAUGGAGUGGAAAAGGACGUACAUCUGAACUUUGUCUAAAUG